AUUUACUGAGCAUGCGCAGUUUUCACUAACACAGGAAAUGUGUCUACAAGAAAAAGUCACAAAUUAAACAAAUGCGGUAACGUUACAGAGCGUGGUUGGGUAGCCUGGGUCAUUUUUUUCUGUCGGAUAUAGUUAGUAUUUAAUUUAAACCAAUGUUUGCAUCUAAAGUACAUUUCCGAUAAGAUGGUAUUCGCGGAGCUAAAUAUCCGCCUAAACGAUGUUGGAUACAAAAACUGGCUGAAAGCGGGUUACUGCCUUUUAAAACUGAGAGACGGGUUGCAAGGGUUUGUGACUAACGAAAUGAGAUCGUUCCACCAAACACUGUCCAGGAAUAACGCCGUGCUCCGGAGAGGUCAGCGGUGUCCAAAUUACUGCAAACCUCGAGGGAACCAGCUCCAGUCUGCCUGUUCAUUGUGUGAAGAGUGGAAGAAGGAGAUUUUGAAACACCACACUAAUCGGGGAGGAGUCAUUAACUGGGGCAACUGCAAACCCUGGCUGUGGCCCUCUCAGCACUGGGAGCUGGCGAAGGCCUACAUGCCUCGCGGACAGGCAGACGUUCCGGGUCCGGAGAAAUGCGAUGCUGCGGCGCUGCUCAACCUCAUCAACUUCUGUGACCACUUCAGCUUCGUCAACCAGCACAAAGUCAGAGAGGUAAUAAAAAGCCGCAAUGAGCUGAUGCAUUCCUGUGAAAUGAAGGUGUCCUCCCAGUGGAUGUGUCAGUAUGAAAGAAAGAUCGAGGAUCUGCUUCUAGAACUGAACCACAUACCAGAAGUGGCAGCGGCAGGGAGAGACAUCAGUGAGAUGCUGUCAGUGGACUGGUCUGUUCAGGUCCCAGGAGUGGACAGUACUGAUGGGCUGGACUAUGAGAUGUUGGAUCCCACACAGAUCAGCCAGGUGGAGGCCGAGUUACUGAGGGAGAGUCUGCAGGAGCUGCGUUUCCAGAUAGAAGCACAGGGUCCUCCCGCAGAGCAGGACCUCGCUGAUUUACACAGACUGAGGGACUUUUUGAAGAGCAACAAGGACCUGGAAGACAGAUUUCAGGCUGAGCUGCUUGAGGUGGAGACCCUGGAGUAUCAGCUGAAGCAGCCAGGAGACAGGGAGACAGAGGAGCAAGCUCCGGAAGAGGACACAGAUGUUCCACAGAAGAAGAUGAAAAUUAAAAAUUAAGUUUUAAGGUGCUCUGUGUUGCUGUUCAGGAAUGAAUGAUCCAGCAGCAUGGAUCUGAAAAGCAGAACCACUGUGUUUGCUUACUUUAAUCCACCCUUUUUUCUGUUAUACCAGUACUAAUAAAUGUAUUUGAAUAACCAAA